CUUCAGUUGUCUCUUGGCAAUGGAAAGCGAAGCAACUGGGACAAUUAGUUGACAAAUAAAUCGUAAAAUUACAGUUUCUCCAUUGUUUGGAGGGCCAGAGACAGCUAAAGAGUUACCCAGUGAGUGAGACGUCGAAGAAGGAGAGAAGAUGGCCCCGACAAAAAUAGUCAAUAGUCAGAAUAAACAUCCAAAUACAGCGAUCGUCAUGAGGAAGGGAAUCACAACGAGAAAUCAGAAGGCAGCGUUGGCCAACAAUCCAGUUAGCACGAAAAUGCCGACGGUCGUUAAGGACUCGAGGAUUAAAAGGAAAGCGGAGGCCUCGCCUCUCAAAGAAAAAACUACCAAACGAUCAGCUCUAGGGAAUAUUACCAAUGCUAUUGGAAAAUCAUUAGGUGUACAAUUACCAGAGGCCAAAAGAGUAGUAAAAAAAUCACAAGUAUUACAACCCGUGAAAUCCUCAGCAGCCCCAGCUCACAAUCUCAGAAACACUGAGAGAUUAGUAGUUAAAACUGACAAUGUGAUACCAGCUAAACCAAAAGUAGCGACACGAGCUAAAGUAGCUAAAAGGGCUGAGGAUCAUGUUGACGUGACAAGUAAAGUAACAAAUGUCAGAAGAAGCCUUGACAUGGAAAAAUCCGAAGAGAGUUCGUUGUACGUUAGCGCUCUCGAGGAUGUGUCUGAGGAAGUGUCCAAGAAGAAUGAUAAAAAUGCUAAACUCCAAGAGAAAAAGGAGAAAGAAAAGCCUCGAGUGGUGAAGAAAGAGUCAAUUGCGGAGCGUUUGGACGCUCCUCCCUCGAGGACACUACCACCAGGAGUCUCGUGGGACUUUGACGUUGAAAACUGGACUGAUCCUUACCAAGUGUCCCCCUAUGCCAUGGAAAUAUUUGAGUAUCUCAAAAGUAGAGAAAAAUUGUUCCCCAUCGGUGAUUACAUGGAGAAACAAGUCUGUUUGUCACGGUGGAUGAGAUCGUUGCUGGUGGACUGGAUGGUGGAAGUCCAAGAAUCAUUUGAACUAAAUCACGAGACUCUCUACUUGGCUGUGAAGCUUGUGGACUUGUAUCUGACUAAAGUCACUGUAGGAAAGGAAACGUUACAACUUUUGGGUGCUGCCAGCUUAUUCAUUGCUAGUAAAUUUGACGAAAGGAUACCCCCCAUGAUUGAAGAUUUUUUGUAUAUUUGUGAUGGUGCUUACAAUCAACGAGAAUUGAUUAGGAUGGAAAUGAAUGUAUUGAAAAUUGUUGAUUUUGACCUCGGAAUUCCACUGUCCUACAGAUUCUUAAGACGAUAUGCGAGGUGUGCUAAAGUGUCGAUGCCAACCCUGACCCUAGCCCGUUACAUUCUCGAAUACUCCUUGAUGGAUUACUCCACGAUAAUGUUUAGUGACAGCAAAAUUGCAGCAGCUGCCCUGCUUCUUGCACUUCAGAUGAAGGAUCUGGGUGGCUGGACACCAACAUUAGAAUAUUACACAGGGUACAAAGUCAAAGACCUCAGGGAAAUUGUCAAAGUGCUCAAUGAAGGACUCCAUAAGAAGCAGAAAGAUGCCCUGGCAACUGUUCGCAAUAAAUAUAGUCACAAGAUUUUCUUCGAGGUUGCCAAAGUACCACUUAAGGAUGUGUUAGAUGUAUAGCCAACUUGAAUGUAAGUACUGCUAGCACAAUUUAUUGUCUGGAAUUCUCGUCGAGAAUUAUUGUUGUAUCAACAUGGAUUAAUUAGAAAAUGCCAUCAGGAGUGAGGAGAAAUCAUCGGGGGGGAAUAAGUCUGAAGUUUUAGGACUUUUUUUUAGCACAAUAAAAUUUAUAUUAUGACAAGGUGGAACAUGACAAAUCACAAUAGUAUAAAAACUUAUAAAAAAAAAAGAGUGAGUUAAUAUGAAAUACCAGAGUGAAAACAAAACAAAAAGAAAAAGAUUCUGCAUGAUCAGACUCAAGACACUUUUGACAUUAUUUAUGAAUUAUUUUUCGUGAGAUAACUAGUAUGCUCAGUAUUUUUAAGUUAUUUUAUUACGAUUUUUUUUCAUCUCCUUUAUUUGUUGAGAAAUCUUUUAACUCAUACCUACAUAUAAACGAAACAAUGUAUUUUCUAGGAGAUUUUUUUCUUUUUCGUCAUUUUUUUAAACUGAUAACAGUCACUCACCUGUCCUUACCUCAUUAAAUGUUGUUAAAUGUGCGAAAAUGUCUCUUCGUACAGACUGAUACCAAGUAAUCACUUGUGGCAUAAACGACGAAUCGCUGAACGGAGAUUCUGAGAAGAGAGGCUGAUGUGACAUUUAAAAUCUCAGAAAUUCUCAAUCCAUUCUUGGAAAUCAUAUUAGUCAAUAUUCAUAAUCAUUUCUGACAUACUUAUGUACAUAUAUGAUGUAAAAAUGACUUCAUCGAGUACAGAGAAUGAUAGACCAUCGAAAUUAGAGAACAUGUGGGCACUAUUUUUAGAUGAUGCAUUAUUUUUAAAACAUGAACAUACUGAUGAGAUUUUAAUACAUUAUCCGCAAGAAAGAGUGAAUAAAAUGACUAUCUACAUGAA